CAUGCCUGCGAGCAUGAUGAAUCUGUACGAGAACGCUUGCCUGCGCUGCGGACGGACCGUGUACCAAGUGGAUCGCAUCGGCCCGCUAAAGGACUUCACCUUUUUCCACACGGGAUGCUUCAAGUGCAGCGUCUGCUCGUCCAAACUCACUCUCAAGACUUACUGCAACAACCAGGAUGAUCAGGAUGACAAGGAGGUGUACUGCUCAUCACACGUGCCCAAGAUCGGGCCCGGGCAUCUGGACGGAGAGGCUGUGGGUAUCCGCUCGGCCCUCAACGUACCCAAGUCUGCCCACUUCGUCAACGACCAGAUCCGGCCGGGCGGGAGGCCCUCCAUCGACGGGGAUUCUAUCGUGCUGAAGUCCCCCUACGCACAGAAGGGCGGCAACGGCAGCGGCAACGGGUCGGAAAACGGACACAAUGACUACAAAUACGGCCGCUUCGACCACACGGCGCUGCACAUCGCCCACGCCCUCAACGCCACCAGGAUUCAGCGCAUCUAUGAUAAGCCCAUCAAUCAGUAUCUGGACGUGCAGGAGCAGAAGAUGAUGGAGAUGAAGCACCGCAUGGAGGAGGACGACCUGUACAAAAAGUUCGCGAAGCAGCGGGCGGCCGAGGAAGCCAAGAUCAACGAGCACCUGAAGGAGGAGUGGGAGACGGAGCUCGAGAAACUCACGUCGCAGUUCGAGCGCGACCUGGCCAUGAAGAAGCGAUCUCGCGAGGAGUCCAAGGUGCUGACGGUCCGCCACCAGAAGGACCGGGACGAACUCGAGAAACACAUGACCAUCAAGCGAGAAGCCAAGAAGGAGAAUCUCACGCGCAAGAUGCUGGAACACGAGAGGGCCGCCACCGCCGCCCUCGUCGAGAAGCACAGCAAGGAGAUGAUGCGGCUGAUUCAGGAGAAGCGCUCGGAGUAUCUCGAGGACGACGAGGAGAUCGAGCAUUACCCCGCCAGCCCCCCUCCGCCCCAGCCGCCCCCGCAGACCAAGCUGGACAUCUACACGGAUCCGGAGGAGUUCGCGCAGGUCGAUCAGCUGGCCAUCCAGGUCGCCCAGGAAGACCAGAAGACCUUCACCGACCUGGUUCGGAUGCUGGUGGGCCACUGCAGCUCAGACGUGGAAAAGGCCCGAACCAUCUUCAGGUGGAUAACCGUCAAGAACCUGAACUCCAUUACCUUCGACGACUCCGCCCACGGGGACACGCCCAUGGGCCUCCUCAGGGGCAUCAAGUAUGGCACGGAGUCCUACCACGUGCUCUUCAAGAGGCUUUGCAGCUACGCGGGUUUGCACUGCGUUGUGAUCAAAGGCUACAGCAAGUCGGCAGGGUACCAGCCCGGCGUCAAGUUCGAGGACAACCGCUUCAGGAACUCGUGGAAUGCGGUUUACGUGGCGGGGGCGUGGCGGUUCGUGCAGUGCAACUGGGGGGCGCGGCACCUGGUGAAUGCCAAGGAGGUGCCCAAGCCAGGAGGGAAGAGCAAGAGUGAUAGUUUGAGGCAGACCUCACGUGGGCUUGGAAGGAGGAAUAGCUUAAGAUACGAGUACGACGAUCACUACUUCCUGACGGACCCGAAGGAGUUCAUCUACGAGUUCUUCCCGCUGCAACCCGAGUGGCAGCUCCUGAAGGCGCCCAUUAGCCUGCACGAGUUCGAGGAGCUGCCCUUCGUUCGCUCACUCUUCUUCCGAUACGGACUCUACUUUCCGGACGAACACACGAAGGCCGUCAUGUACACCGAUUCCACAGGCGCAGCUACCAUCCGCAUCGGCAUGCCCAGCCACAUGCAGUCGUCCCUCAUCUUCCAUUACAAUCUCAAGCUCUAUGAUUCCGACAAGGACCAGUACGACAGCGUUUCCCUCAAGCGCUUUGUUAUGCAGAGCGUGGUGGGCAGUCUCGUGGCCUUCCGCGUUCACGCCCCGUGUUCGGGCGCCCUCCUCCUAGACAUCUUCGCCAACGCCGUCACCCCGCGCGAGUACCUCACCGGAGAGCCCAUGAAGUUCAAGAGCGUGUGCAAGUUCAAGAUCGUGUGCGAGGACCUGCAGACGGUGAUGGUGCCGCUGCCGGACUGCGCCUCUGGCGAGUGGGGCCCCGCCAAGGCCACGCGCCUCUUCGGCCUCGAGCCCAUCACACACCAGGACGCGCUGGUGUUCGCCGGCCGCGACCUCGAGCUGCAGUUCCACAUGACGCGGCCGCUCACCGACUUCAUGGCCACGCUGCACAAGAACGGCUCCGAGGAAAAGCGCCUCAGCAAGUACGUGAGCCACCGGGUCGCCGACGACAUCGUGACGUUCACGCUGAGCUUCCCCGAGGAGGGCCAGUACGGCCUGGACAUCUACACGCGCGAGGUGGCCAGCUCCGACACUACGGGACCCACGGAGAAGCACCUCCUCACGCACUGCUGCAAGUACCUCAUCAACUCCUCCAAGAGAAACUAGAGGCGCUGACCCCUCCGCUUCCACGACGAGAACCCGGCUGCGCGUCUUACCCCGGGUGGGCGGAAGGGUCGUGUCGGGACGUCGAGAGUCGCUAGAGCCGCCCGUCAGGAAGUCACAAGGAUUUAAGGAAAAGGCCUCGGGUGUCGGGGUCUAAGGGCGUCAGUCGCAGGGCACGUUCGCGACCCUGGCCCCGGGGCAGCACCGGGCACCACCCCUUGCGCGGAAGAAGUGCUGAGCAUCCGUCCACAAGUGCCUUAAAAUGAACCGUCUUAAUCUCAAAUUAGUCUUAACUGCUAUUGUUUUGAAUGCAAGUAGUUUAUUUGGCGGCUGCGUUUUCCUUAAUCUUACUAUUACUUACAUAUAUUUUUUUGUUUUAGGUAAUGUUUUAAUUCACAAAUAUAAACUGUACAUAUUAAUAUAAAUGAUACCACAGAGAUCUUAACCCCGUUAUAUCACAUCUUCUGUUAUUAUGUUACAGUGAUUGUAAUAAUAAGCAUGCUUAGGAUUUCCUUUGUUUGUUCUCCUCUUACAGAGUUUGUUUAUAUAUUGACCAGAUAGUUUAUAUGCUGCAUUGAAAUGAAGUCACGGGACGGAGUUGAAACUUCAUGCAGGAUGUUGGCAGUCUGCUGAAGUCACGACAAACUUCAGAGUUAGAUGUACAUUUUUGCAUCACUAAAGAGUUGCUGUUUUUGUUAACAAUUUGUUCGCAGUUGAUAACCGAGAGGAAGUUUUCUCUCUGGAAUGCGUAAAUGGAAAUAUAUUUAAUGCUAUCACUUUCUUAGACACCUAUGAUAUUUGACAGUUAAGUCUUCCAUAAACACACACACACACACACACACACACACACACACACACACACACACACACACACACACACACACACACACACACACACACACACACACACACACACACACACACACACACACACACACACACACACACACACACACACACACACACACACACACACACACACACACACACACACACACACACACACACACAAAUGCCUCUAUAGUACCCAUAUCCAUACACAUGCACUCAUUAUGUAUAUAGGCCUAAAGAUACAUAGGAUUUAUAUAAACUUAACCUAUUGCAAGAGAACUGAGCAAGGGAAGUGGCUUACAGUUUAAAAGUAUUUUAUUGACUACACAGCAGAAAAAUAAUUAUAUGUCUCUGUUAAUUUAUGUAGAUAUAAUGUUCCCGAGAAAUAUACACUUUGCUUAGCCUCAUUUUCUUUGGAUUCUCUAACAAAUGACAGGAUUCACAAGUCAUGAAUUUUGUACGGGACAGCCUUACGAUGAACUUCCAUAAGCCUCUCCCUCCCCACGGAAUUCAGGACGAGAGAUGAUAAGCUCACACGCUAUGCUAACGUCAUGCAAACCUACAGUAGGAAUGACUCUAGUGUUCAUCUGAUUCCCUUGUAUGUAUUCAUGUUUUACAAUGGAAUUCUUUGAUUAUUUUUAGCCUAUUUAAGUGUAACAUUACCAUAGCCAUAUCACGAGCGAAACUAUAGCCUCUGUGCAUUGGAGCCUGUUAUUAUUAUCAUAGUCACCCCCGCGCCAUUUCACAAGUUCUAGAUUCACACACACAAAUGAUAUGGAUAUACGGCCUCAUACACACACACACACACACACACACACACACACACACACACACACACACACACACACACACACACACACACACACACACACACACACACAAACGUACAUAUAUAUAAGCUUUUCGACAAAUUAAUGGUGGUCCAUGACGAAACAUUUUUUUAAAAACAUUUAUGAUAAAAAAACACAACAAAAGUGGGAAGAGCUUUUGGUAGACGCUUUAUACGUGGCCUCCCUUCUUUGAAAAAAAAGAAAAAAAAACAAUAAGCAAAACUUUCUUAUUCUCAUAACUGUUUACCAAACAUGCAUUUUCUUCUCGUACAAAUUAAUAUAUGAAAUGUAAUAUAUUAAUAUAAUGAGACUUAUUAUUUUCUGUCCAUUAGCGCCACUUUUUUUCUCCAUUUUUUUUUGUAAUCUCUUGUAACAUACCUUUGUCGGUUUGAUAAUAAAGAUGGUACACUGCCUC